AAGUGUUGCGGUUGCAACAGCCAGGAUUUGUUAAGAAUAAAAAUAUAUAAACUGAAUUAGAUACAAAUAUACAACAAGAAAAAGCGAACAUACUAAGCAUGGGGCCUAAGGAGGGGGAUAAGCACACUUUUUUGGGAUUCGAUCUGAGCACCCAAAAGCUCAAGGCUAUAUUGCUUAACGCAAAACUCGAUGUGAUCGCAUCUGCUGAAGUUAAAUUUGACACCGAUUUGCCUGAGUUUCGAACCACGGGCGGCGCCAAUCCAGGUCUCAAUAAGUUUGAAUUCUUUGUUCAGCCUGUGAUGUGGAUCAAAGCAAUGGACAUUAUAUUGGACCGUUUAGUGAUUUCGGAGGCCGAUUUGAGUACUGUGGCUGCUAUAAGCGGAUCAGCGCAACAACAUGGUUCAUUGUACUGGUCAAAACAUGGUAUUACAGCGCUAGAAAAUUUGGAUCCGACAAAAUUCUUGCACACCCAAAUUGACGAUUCGGCUUUUGUGGUGAACCGUACGCCCAUCUGGAUGGAUGCAUCCACUGUGAAACAGUGCAUUGAAAUGGAAACUGCUAUCGGCGGACACACAGAAAUGCUCAAAAUAUCAGGAUCAAAGUGCUACCCUCGGUUCACAGGACCCCAAAUUCGCAAGAUUUACCAGCAGCGCACACAUGCCUACGAAGAUGCGCAACGUAUCUCGCUAGUUAGCAGUUUUCUAGCCACUUUAUUUCUAGGAAAAGUUGCAUCAAUUGAUUACUCUGACGCGUCCGGCAUGAAUUUGUUGGACAUACGGGAGAAGACCUGGUCAAAGGCUUGCUUAAAUGCAUGUGCCCCUGAUUUGGAACAGCGUUUGGGGACCCCUGUUUCAUCAACAGCAGUGUUAGGAAAUGUAGCGGACUACUUUGUUCAGCGGUUUUGUUUCCCUGCAACAUGCAAGAUCGUUGCAUGUACAGGCGACAAUCCGUCGGCAUUGGCCGGAAUGCUGGUUGACAAAAACUGGCUAAGUUUAUCGCUCGGAACAAGUGACACGUUAAUGAUGAGUCUCGAAGAACCUCCGAAUUUAGAGGAAGGUCAUGUACUAUGUCAUCCAACUGAACAAGAUACCUUUAUGGGAUUGUUAUGUUUUAGAAAUGGCUCUCUUGUACGCGAAUCCAUCAACAAAUCUGAAGUUGGGGGAAACUGGCAAAUGUUCAAUGAGCUGCUUGAGUCUACACCUCGCGGUAACUUUGGAAAUCUUGCAGUGCACUUCAACGAAAUGGAAAUCAUACCCAAGGCGAAAGGCACACUUCGUUGGAAUAAGGACAUGCAACCGAACUCACCAGAUGCUGCCAAAGGAAUAAUUAAAUUUCGCUCGCCACAAAUUGAGAUCCGUGCUUUAAUCGAGGGUCAAAUGCUGCACCAUCGCGCAAUAGCCGAGGACAUGGGUUUUCAUUUUAUUACUGAAACGAAAAUUCUGGCCACUGGCGGGGCGUCGGUCAAUAAGUCUAUUUUACAAGUUAUUUCUGAUGUGUUUAAUGCACCCGUUUAUAUUCAGAUGGGAAGUGAAGCCGCCCUUAUGGGUGCUGCUUAUCGGGCUGCAUAUGGCUAUUUUAUUCAUGAAAACCAAGCGCAGCACCCAGAUGCACCACGCAUCAGUUAUAGAGAUUACAUUUUGAGCUUAACACCGAACCAUUUGCAACUCGUAUGCGAACCAAAUAAGGACAGCGAACAAAUUUAUGGGCCCCUACUGCAGCGUUAUCGCGAUAUGGCUAUAACUCUGGAGGCUAACCAGGCAACCUAACAUUCCCUCCUUACAUUCUUUACUCAUUGCGUAUAAUUUUUGAUAUUCCAAUUUACUAUUUGUACGGCGCCUCCAUAGUUAAGACUAAAGUGCAAUUUAAAAAAUUCAACUGUGAUUCACAAUUUAUUGGAAUAAAAACUACCGACUUUCUGAAAUA